GUUGGCAUCGUCAGAAGAACUUAUCGACCGAAGGUUGAGGGACUCGUUGAAACUUGUCAAGCUUUGCGGACUUCUUCAUAUUCUUUUAGAAACGAUAAUCAAAUUUAACAUUCAAUCUCCCCCCGGCGACGUCACGGUUCUGGCCGUUUGAAUGACGUGAAUCUGCAGGGCGCGGGAGCGUGUAAGGCUGUGAACACGCAUUGAGAGAUACUGGCCGAUAAAUAAUGAAGAUCAAUGGCUAACAUCUCCUGAUCUGUGCAAGUGCGGACGUCAUCCCAGUACCACGAUUACUCAAAACAGUCGCUGCACUGUCAGGAUCGCAAGACAUGACCUUCACGGGCGGGGACACCCAAACUCUGCCCAAACUGGAGAAGUGGCAGCAUAUUAAAAAAGAUGAGUUAGAAGAGUACUACCGCAAGAUAGAAAAACAUGACGAUCCAGCAAGGUACCUAGCUGGCCUGUUGGCUUUGGAGGACUACAUCUGUGACUCCAGAAGUGCCAUUACACUGGAUUAUUUUGCCAAUCUUCUGCUAUUUGCAAAGGAGGCUACUCUUGGGAAUGAGAAGACUUCGUACAUCUACAGCCUAGCCAUGGAGAUCCUUGAGAUGACAAAGGGGAACAAGCGUUUUCAAGAGACGGAGACGCAUUUCCGUAAGAGGCUUCGCUCCUUGUUUACCUCAUGUCCACCUGUGGAAGAUGGUUCAGGGCCAUUCUCAGUCCUCGACAUCAAGAAAAUCACCGACUAUUUCACCAGAAGUUACUUCCAGCACUAUCAGCUUUACCAUUUCUGUUUCACGGAGCUGCAAGAUCACCAUUCCCUCCAGGAUUCGGUGGUGAUCGAGACUGGACUGGCGCCCCCGUUAUCUGAGGCUUCGACCAAAGAAGAGCUCGACGCCAAAGUGGACACCGGGGCACUGCCACGACGCAGCUCCAAGCUUGCAGUUCGUGCCCGUUCUGCGGUACCUCCAAGACCCAAGCGACUCAGCAAGCGAAAGACUCCAGCAGCAUCAAGUACAGCAUUGACAGUACCGGACACCACCGGAGUUCUUCCCGCAUGCCCGGUCCGAGGGGCCAGUGAGCCGUUGGCUGACUAUCUGGGGCGGCUACAGGUAUUUACAGAUGCCGUAGCUGCCGCCAAGGCUCAGCAGGAGGCAGCAGAGGCAGAUCGUCAGCGGCUGGCCAAUGAGGCGGCAGCCCAAGCUCAGCAGACUGCUGAGGCUGACGCAGUGGCACGAGACCGACGGAAUGCCGCCAGCACGGAGUCCCUGAUUGCCUGUGAAAAUCAGUGGACAACACUGCUUCAAGGCAUGUUCUUUGUGCCUACGGAAACGCAGGCGGAGCCGACACAGGAGGAGGCAGAGAGAAGUAACCUGGCUACCGUGAUGUUGAAUGUGAUGAGGGGAGUAAUGUGGAACAACAAACUGCUGCAGGCACACCUGCACGCGGAACGACAACAACGACAGCAGUACCAGCAAGACCUGGCCACUGUAACGGCUGCCGUCUGCGACGCAGCAACGCAGCAGCAGCCACAGCAACAGCUGUUGAACUCUACCCUCGCACGCAUCAACGGCAUUGAGGCCAAGGCCUCAGCAGCGCCAGGCUGCACAACAGACGAGACGAGGCAGCUCAAUGGGCGCAUCGAUCACGUCGUCAAACUCAUCGGCGACAUAGGUGUUUUCAAUGGACCGGACACGAUCAGUAGUACGGUGGCCGCCAUCAAGACGGACAUCACCAAGCUGCAGACGAGACCGGACGCCGCUGCGAAGACUUACAAGAUGCCGCACUUCGACAUCAGCAAGUUCGAUGACUACAACAAGUCGGACGCCUUCACAUGGUGGCAACAUUUCCUCACGGAAGCAUCAUGCCGCACUGUCCCGGCGGACGACAUGAUGAAGGCGCUUUACUUGCAACUGAUUGGAGGAGCGCAAGCUUGGAUGAACCAUCUGGCGGCUACCAACAACUGCACCAUCGCCGAACUCCACACGCACAUCACGUGGAAGGAGUUCGAGAAGCUAUGGUUCACCCCGUUCAUGGUCCGCAACGUCGUGAAGGCGGCCAUGAACGAGGCCAUUCUGGAUCGUGCAAACUUGGUCAUCCAAACGGAUGACAAGGCCGCAAACGAAUGGCAAUCCCAGUCGCAUUAUGUGGCUAAGCAUGGCUAUCAACGUCCGACACACAACAAUGCCGCGAUUUCUGAAGAAACAGACGAUCUCCGCGCUGCAGCAGCAUCCUCGAGUGAUGGAGGAAUUGUAGCAGCGCUCCCACCGAAGCGUCCCAAGAGAGUUCGAAAGAACAAGGCGACACAAGAGACGGCAUCGACGGAAACUGGGCAGCAGCCAUGGACGGCGUACAAGAUAACCAAGGAUGUCUAUGACCUUCGUCAAAAGUACGGAUACUGCCUUUGGUGCAACGGCGUCACUCAUGUGACCGCACAAUGCCCCGAAAAGGGCAAGGCACGCGUACCCCGUGACGCGACGCACUUCUCGAAGUUGGACUUGAAGUCAGGUUACCACCAGAUUGAAAUCCAGCCUCAAGAUCAAUACAAGACCGCAUUGAAGACGCGGUACGGGCAUUUUGAGUGGGUUGUCAUGCCUUUUGGCCUCGCCAAUGCCCCCGCAACUUUUCAAGCAGCUAUGACGGCUGAGUUUCGCGACUUGCUCGAUCGCAGCGUCCUCAUCUACCUCGAUGACAUCUUGGUCUAUAGCAGGACAUUGGACGAGCACAUCACACACCUUCACGCUGUUUUGAAUCGUUUGCGACUGGCCAAGUACAAAGUGAACCGCGACAAGUGCGAGUUCGCCAAGCAAGAGCUUGAGUAUUUGGGCCACUAUGUUACGCCAAAAGGCAUUCGUCCAUUAAUAGACAAAAUCCAAGCCAUCGUGGAUUGGCCGGAACCCCGUUGCACGACGGACGUACGCUCUUUCAUGGGAUUGGGUGGAUAUUAUCAGCGAUUCGUCGAGUCAUACUCGAAAGUGGCAGCUCCUUUGUCGAGACUUCAGUCCCCGAAGGAGGAAAUGGAGAGGGCUAAAGCAGAGGCAGAGGCCAAAGCGAAAGCCGAAGAAGCGAGCAGAAUUGCACGAGAGGAGCAGAUGAAACUAGAAGCAGCUGCUGCAGAAGAAGCGAAAAAGCGCGCACCGCAGUCCAUACAAGAGGCUGUGGAAUUUGCUGUACGAGAACGAGUAGCCAUCGUAAAGAAGGAUCUUCAGAAGGACUUCAUGGAAAAGGAAAAGACAAUCAUGGACAAAGUUUCAAAGCUUGAGGCAAAAGUGAAAUCAGGAUGAGGAAGACAUCCCAUCCCCCCYCCUCCYCCCCCCCCCCCCUUCCCAUCAUGCACUGCUGAUAAAAGAAUCAAUGAACUGCUCCUCUGAGAGUGCCAACAGCAAUUUCAUGAAGGCUCCAACAACCAUGCAACACACAGAACCUAAGAUCUUCCAUGUAAUGCGAUGGGGCUCAAUAAAUGCAAUACCCAGUC